AUGAACCUCAUCCACAUGCUGACAAGUGUCGACACACAGGAACAAGAGAAAUGCAUGGCGCGGGUGAGAAGAAAAAUUGCGGAGGCCACAAGUUCUCUGACGUGCGAAGGAUCUUGUGAGAUUUUGUUUUGGAUCUUUUCAAGCGCUUGUAACAGUUUGUAUGCUUUCCGCUUUUACACUUUAAAUCUUUUGAGUAUUUGA